CGGCGGGGCCGCGGGUUUCGCUGGUGGGCGGUGGGGGCGCCUUGCUGGGGAGCUGGCGGGCUCCGGCCUCCCGGCCCUGCCCGGGCCUCCUGCCAUUAGCGCAGCGCUAUCCCGGCGGGAGCCCCCGGGAAGGCAGGGCCCGGCCCGGCCCCGUCGCUGGGCCUCACGCUGCAGCGCCAUGCUGUGUCGCCGGCGUGGGGCGCCCUGCUGUCCCCUCGGUGCCCGGGAGCAGGGCUGGGCCCUCCGUGUCCCCCUUGCGCGGUAUGGCCGUAUGUCCACAUAAAGACGUGAAACAGCCCGUCCAAGGAUGGGCUUUGCUGAGAUGCCAGCAGGUCAUCCCUUUACUCCGGCUUAACAAAGGAGCCGGGCCAGCGCCGUCCAUGGCCGGGGCAAAUGGAGCUGCCCUGUUCGGUCGCAGAGAUCAUGUGGUGGCCGUCUCCACCUAAGCACUGGGUCGCGCUCUGCCAUGACCUCCGCAGACGAGGUGCUGAGGCCUCAUGUGGAAGUACAGAUGUGAGAGCACACCGGUGAUGGAAACUACCAAGAGGAUGAACUCGAGCCUUGCAGGGCUGAAACCGGCCAGUCUCCCGGCUCAGGCAAGGUGUCCGUCUCCACGGGCGUGGAUUUCCUUCUCGAUGAAUCCAGAAAAGCCUGGAGACUCACCAGCAACAUAAGACAAUGGGUUUUGGUGUCCUGGCAUCUUCCACGGUAGAAAUUACAACCAGAAGGAUCUCCUCCAAAGGACGGGUGCAAAAUCAGAUGUCUUUAAAGCUGAAUGUGGCUGACUGCUAAGGAGAUGGAAGAGCUCGGUUUUCACAAGAGGAAGCUGUUUGGGCAAAUUUGCAGCACAUAGCAAGAACGGAGAGUUAAAAAGUACCAGACCCAGAAAGUUAGAAGUACUGAUUUCACUGAGGGAAGUACUGAGGAGACCUCAAAAAGGCUGCUACAAGUUUUCAGCAAUUUACACGGAAGCGGUUUCAUGCAACCCAAGCAUGGAGAAGGAGAACCGCUGGAUUGCGCAAGAAGAGGAAGUGAAAUUAGUGCAACAUUGAGCCCGCAACGCUGAGAGCAAGAAAAGGAACCGCGCCGGAAGGAAAUCUUCCAUUCGCCCGCCCCAGAAAGACAGCACCAGAGAGCCUGGACCGGAUGCUCUGGGCCCCAGAGGUUCUUGUGCUGAUCAUGUCUUCCUGCUGGGUCACGUCAACAACAAACCAGGAAUUGCAUCUUCCAGCUGCGCUGAUUCAUUGUCUUUCUGGAACCUUUUAGCGACAUAGAGAAAUCCUUGUGGAGGAAAACUAGGAUCUUUCAAAAUGCCCAGCGAUCUCUGCUCACUGACUGGCAGCAUUAAAACUUGGAGCAGGCAUGGUCACCAGGAAUUAGCCCUGGAGCACAGGGCAGAGGGUGUGGUUUCCUGGGCCAAGCCAAGGAGCCAGCUUGCCAAGGAUGCCUGACCUUGGGUGAAGAAGUGCCCUUCGCAGCAUUGGGCUGUGUAGUGUGGAGCAGGUUGUGCGAGAGGCUGAUGGGGAUGAAGAAUAUUUUGUCAGUAGAUGUCCCCAUCCUACGUGGGACACAGGGAUCCAGGGACUGUCUGGAGGCAGGGUGUGACAAUCCUUCUUCACUGGUGGCUGCCGGGUGCUGACCACCCAGCAGACUCAAGUGCAUUCAGGGCACCCCAACCCCACUGUUCUCGAUCCUUCCUAGGAAAGCUGGGACUAUUGGCACUUAGACCAAAGCCCCUCCCUGCUGGCAGCCGGAGGCAGCUGUGAUUAUCUGGAAGCCCUUCGCUACAGGGAAGUGGAGCAGAAGUGACUUGGAGUGGUUGCUUUCCAAGGCACAGGAGGCCCCGUCAUGCUCAGGAAGUUCCUCAGCAGGAGUGGUGCAGUGCCCGGGAGCCUACUGCCACGUGUCUGCCAGCCCUGGGUGUGUGGAUCAAGGCUGGUGGUGCAGGAGGGGUUUGCCAAACACAGGCAGGACAAGGCUGCAAAAGAGGAAACAGCAACUGGAAGACUCCUGCAGGCUGUAAAGCCCCCUUAGCCUGGAGGCAGGAGAAGAUCUGCCUCCAGAGAGCAGAGUGCUUGCAGAGCCUUUGGCACUUGAACAUAGGAGUUGGCAGCAGCAAGAGGAAGUAGCCACAGCGUGGGGAAAGAUUUCAGUCGUGACCUGGCUGGCUGUUCGCCAUGAAUGCAGCCAUCCUCCUUCUGCUGGGGCUGGGCCUGGUGGAGGGAGAAGGCAGGUGCUUCUUCAACCGCACUGAGGAGCGUUGUGUGUGCCGCAGCCUGUCCGAGGAGAGCCUGGGGAGCAUCAUCCAGUGCCUCCCGGCCUCUGUUGUGGAGUUUUGGGGGGGAGACCUGGAGAGGUAUGCAGCCUUACCCAUUAGCGACCUGCAGCCCUCCACCAUUGACAUGCUGGAAACCCUCAGCAUCAGGAAACUCGUCUUUGGUGGCCUCCUGGUGCCGGAGGUCCUCCUCGCCCGGGUCUUGAAGUUCUUUUCCUACACCCGAGUGCAGGAGCUGGUGUUUGAGAGCUGCAGUUUUGUGGGGAGAAGCAACUGGACUGAAAUGGCUGGGCAGAACUUGCCCAUAUUGACCCUGUGCUUCCACAACGUGACAUCAGCCCCUCUGACAGGCCAGGAGCAGGGCUUCUCCAGCCUGAGCAGCUGGCUGGAGACCCUACAGGAGCUGGCAGUCACCAGCUCCCAUGUCACUGCCCUGCCCUGUGCCAUUGGCAAGGUGUUCAGAGCUCUGCGUUCCCUGGACAUGGCACAAAACAGCCUCAGGGAUGACAGCUUGAUGCCCGCCUUCUGCGAGGGUGCGUUCCCACAGCUCCAGCUACUGAGUCUACGACGCAACAACCUGACAUCCUACCACAGUGUGUGUGAGAGCCUGCAGCUGCUGCGCGAGCUCCAGCAUUUAGACAUCAGCCAGAACAAGCUCAUUGCUGAUCCGGCCUCCUCCUGCCAGUGGCCGAUGUCCCUCCGAAUCUUUAACUUGUCUGGUACCAGCUUGGAUGAAGUCCUCACACCUCUGCCUCCCAAUCUAGAAGUGUUGGACAUGAGCUGCAACCACCUCCGUACUUUAGACAUCUCUCUUGGCUCCCUGAAGACACUCCUCCUCAGCCAAAACAUGCUGCAAGAUGCCUCUUUCAUCAGGAAUUGCCCCAUGUUAGAAGUCCUCCAUCUAGAUGACAAUUUGAUCCCAGAGCUGCCAUGGGACGAGCUGCAGCUCCUGGGGCACCUGAGGGACGUGGCUGCAGCUGGCAACCCCUACAACUGCUCGUGCUCCGGGGCCAGGGGGAUCCAGGCACUGGCAGCAAUGGUGCACCUGGGGCUGGCCUGGCCCUUGGACUAUGUGUGCCACUCGCCCCCUCGCUACCAGGGUGUUCUGGUGAAGGAUGUGCCCGUUUCAGUACUGCAGUGCAACAGUGCUGCGGUGAUCACUCCCAUCUGCAUUAUCCUCGCCUUACUCUGCGUGACCGGAGCAGUCUACCUGGCCAAAUCCAGGCACGGGAUGUUCCAGGCCUGCUGCAGGGCUGUGAAGAGGACGUAGGACCCUUCCCACCAGCGCUUCCCAUACAGCAGCUCGGCCCUGGCACAUUCAGCUCCAGGGGCUGCAAGGCUGGGAGCUGCCCAUGGGAAGUCUCACAGGACCCUGACGUGCUGGUGGGAAACUCUUUGGGAUCCCCAGUCCAGCCUCCCCCAUGGAACAGGACUGUCCUAGCAUUAGCUCAGGGUGGCCAUAGCUUUGUCUGGCCAAGUCUUGGAAAGCCCCAGAAAUGGAGUUUGCCCUUGCUAUGCUCUGUCCCAGGGCUGCACCCUCCUAGAGAGAAAGAUUUUCCUAAUGCUCAACCUGAACCUCACAAGACCUAGUUUGCACCCAUUGCCCCUGUGGUCUUGUCUGCCCCAAGCAAGAGGACUUUGGCUCCAUCAUGCUUGCACUUCCCUCAAGCAGCUGCAGGCUUCUCUCUCCCCCUGCAGCUCAUCUUGGUGAGAGGAUCCCAGCCCAGCUCCCCCCACCUCUCUCGUAGCCCUACACCCUCCGGCACGGUUGUCCUGACAGCCUCCUGCUCUUGCUCCUCCACCUGUCCUGACCUGGGGGCUCCAGUCUAGGCCAUAGCUGUAAGAAUGUCUGGUUCGUGAUAUCUGCUUAAUGCUAUUCAUUCUAAUGCUGUUCAGCAUAAGAGAAAAAACACAAGAAAGGAAAAGUGAUAAAUGAAACACCUGUGUAUGCAAACCCUGAUGAGCAGGAGAUAACGGAGACAGUAACAAAGACCAGAGCUCUCAAGGCACUGGUGGGUGACCCUCUCCAGUGUGACCUCAAAGAAGUUCAACUGCAAACUUUGGAGCUGCUGAGAAAACAGGUUUAUUCUGGGUUAUCAGAAUGGGUUUCAUAGGAAAGUCCAAACUGAUUAUGGGAUGUUGAGGAUUGUGGGAGUGUGCAAAACUUACCAUGGGAUGUUUAAGAGAAGUAUCAAAGCUGAAAGGGAGGGGUCAUGGUGAGUGGCUGGGGAAGGAGCAAGCAUGAGAAAAUAGAGAGGAUGGGGAAGAAAAGGGGCUGGUCACAGAUAAGCAGGGCUGGCCAAGGUGCUUGUCUGACUGAGCCCUGCACCUAGUCUCCACAUUUUCUGUGUGACCUCCCUCUCUAUGCUUUGUGCAUGUGUGUAUGUAUUGGUUGUGUUACCUGCUAGCAAGCACAAGCUGGACAACCCACUGAGUAGGAAACCAGAAUCUAGAAAUACCCAAGGUCAGAGCUGGAGACUGGAUAAAUCAGGCCCAGGGUCCAGGCAUGGAUCCAGGAUGGUUUUGAGGUCUGCUGAAGGGUUCAAGGGCCUGCGGGUGUGCGUGUGCCUGGGCAUUGAGGGUGUGUGCCACAAGCGAGUGUCAGUCCUGAUCAGCUGGAGGGGAGGGAUGGAGUUGGGCAGCCUGUGUGCUUGUGUUCAUGUGAGUGCUGUAGAUGUUUAGGUGGGUGCUAGUAAAGGCAUGUUUGAUCCAUGGGGCUGGCUGUGUCCAUACUGUGGGUCUAUAUCUUUUGAAUUUGCACUCAACUUCACUACUGGCUUGACCUGGGCAUGGAGAGCAGCAGCUUCCAUCUAAUGAACUGGGAAGGAGAAAUCCUUGUGUCUUAAAAUCCUAAGACUUGCCUUCCCUUGACAGCACCCAGGUAAGGCCUCUGCCAAGCCAAGGGGAUAAUCUGAACCCUUACUUCAUGGCCAUGCUCCUCCUGACAGAGACCCAGGUGCCAUUUGCCUCAUUUGCAGUGACGGCUCAUGUGCAACCUGACAUCGCCCUCACGCCUGAAGACAUUUGGGGAAGCAAAGGUUCAGGGAAGCAGGGGUAGCUCCAUAAUCUUCUGCGAAGGGGAAUAGUGGCAGACACGAGACAAAUGUGUGCAUCUCCCUGUGGUGCCUGGUCCCAUCCAAAUGCAGGGGGCAGGGGCUGUCCUGUGACCUCUGUCUUGCAUCCCACAGUCUGUGUUUCCAUGCAUCACGGAGACCCUGGCUUUAGCAUUUCCUUUCAUGCUUUCUUGGUAUGACUGAUUUCAAAUAAAUGUGGUUCUAUGGUU